CAACCCUGCUUAGCUUCAGAAGCAAGCCAGCAGUGGGAUGCAGGGUGGUAUACUGCUGGCAAAUUAAAUCAACUGGAGCUGAUUUACUGGUGUUUUUAGUAAUUGUAUGUCCAACAAUGAAAAACAUUUAAAUUCGUUAAUAUUAAAAAUGGUAAUAUAAAUAAUAUAAUAUAAAUCGGGACGCGGGCCGCCAGUUGGAGAGCCCUGAGUAUGGGCUAGCUAGCAGAAGGCAAGUGAUGGAGAGAAGGCCAGCCUCAGUUGGACCGAUUGCGUUAGCUACCCAUACUGAGCCCAUAUGUAUGUGUAUUUAUUCAUUUUCAGGCGUACAACUUUAAGUCCGUUAUAUUCUUACAGCGUGGGUUAGCGUUAGCUAGUUCAUUCUCGUGAUGGAUGCGCAAAUAUCAGGCGGGACCGGUGUUGGUACAACCGCUAACGUUAAAUCAAAUUUGCCUAACGUUAGAUCAAAUUUGCAAGGACCCAGUUCAGGUAACGGGAGAAGGAUGACGUCCAAAAAAACGCGUUCAAAAAAGGGGAAAAGAAGAAAGAGACGGAGGAGUAAAAAGACGAAGACCAACAAAACACCACCAUAUUUACCACCGGAGGCUGAAGAAGGAAACAUUGAAUAUAAGCUGAAGUUGGUGAACCCCACACAAUACCGAUUUGAACACCUGGCCACCCAGCUAAAAUGGCGUCUUCAAGAGGGACGGGGCGAGGCAGUGUAUCAGAUUGGGGUGGAAGACAAUGGUCUGCUUGUCGGACUGUCAGAGGGAGACAUGAGAGCCUCACUGAAGACCCUACGGAGGAUGGCAGAGAAGGUUGGUGCUGACAUCACACUUCUACGGGAAAGAGAGGUGGAUUACGACUCAGACAGAAACUGCCGGAAAAUCUCAGAGGUUCUUGUCCGAAAAGUUCCAGACGACCAACAGUUCUUGGACCUGCGUGUGGCGGUACUGGGAAACGUGGACUCAGGGAAGUCCACACUGUUGGGCGUGCUGACUCAAGGCGAGCUGGACAACGGGCGAGGCCGGGCACGCCUCAACCUCUUCAGACACCUUCAUGAGAUCCAAACGGGCAGGACAUCAAGCAUCAGCUUUGAGAUUCUGGGCUUCAAUAGCAAAGGGGAGGUGGUGAACUACAGUGACUCCCGUACAGCCGAGGAGAUUUGCGAGAGCUCUUCUAAGAUGAUCACCUUCAUUGACCUGGCCGGCCACCACAAGUACCUGAAAACCACCAUUUUUGGCCUCACCAGCUACUGCCCAGACUUCGCCAUGCUGGUGGUCAGCGCCAACACAGGCAUAGCUGGCACCACCCGCGAGCACCUGGGCCUGGCCAUGGCACUAAAGGUGCCCAUCUUUAUCGUGGUCAGCAAGGUGGACCUGUGUGCCAAAGGAACAGUGGAGCGCACAGUACGCCAGCUGGAGCAUGUCCUCAAGCUGCCCGGCUGUAACAAAGUGCCAAUGGUGGUGGCCAGCCCAGACGACGCCGUCACAGCCGCCCAGCAGUUCGCUCAGUCCUCCAGCAUCACACCCAUCUUCACCCUGUCCAGCGUGUCUGGAGAGAGUCUGGCCCUGCUUAAGGUCUUCUUCAACAUCCUGCCUCCUCUCAGCAACAGCAAGGAGCAGGAGGAGCUCAUGCAGCAACUCACUGAGUUCCAGGUAGAUGAGAUCUAUACCGUGCCAGAUGUGGGGACAGUGGUGGGAGGAACUCUCUACAGUGGGGUGUGUCGCGAGGGGGAGAGGCUGGUGGUUGGCCCUACUGACGAGGGCCGUUUCCUGAGGCUGAAGGUGGGCAGCAUCCAUAGGAACCGCUCGACAUGCAGGGUGCUGAGAGCCGGCCAAGCCGCCACACUGGCCCUCGGCAACUUUGACCGCUCGCUGCUCCGCAAGGGUAUGGUGAUGGUCAGCCCGAAGAUGAACCCCACCAUCUGCUGGCAGUUUGAGGCGGCCAUCGUCCUUCUCUUCCACGCCAAAACAUUCCGUCGGGGCUUCCAAGUGACUGUGCACGUGGGGAACGUAAGACAGACGGCUACCGUGGAGUGCCUGCAUGGAAAAGAGGAGCUGCGCACAGGAGAGAGGGCUGUGGUCUGCUUUCGCUUCAUUAAACACCCCGAGUACCUCCGCAUGGGCGCCAAACUGCUCUUCAGGGAGGGCGUGACCAAGGGCAUCGGCCAUGUCACCAGCCUCCUGCCUGACUCACAUGACCAGAACCAGAUCCAUGACCAGAACCAGAGGGAGAUAGAGAAAUAGAGAGGAGGAGAAAGGAGGGAAGGAGAAGAAAUGAUAAGCUCUCCUGAACAUGUAUCCCCCUCUCAGAGUAAGUUUGUGUGAACUGCCGGCGCCGGACGUCAUCCCAGUAGAUUGUUAUUGAACCACACACUAGUAUUUUAAUCCCCAUUUGUGUGUAUCUAAGUGUGUCUGUACUGUACUUUCCACAUCUGCCCUUCGUGCCAUGUAGAGAUGUGAAGCCCUAUUGAAACACUUGAUAUUUCUCAGUGGUGGAUUCUGGAACGAAUGCUUUGAUGAGUGUGGGUAGAGGCAAAGGUCGGUGUCUUAAAUCAAAGUCUGGUGACCUCGUCGAAGGCAGGCUAAGCUUUCAUCUAAUCUGCUGUGGAUUGCUUGAAGGAACCAUUCCCGUCCCUCUUUGGUCAUUUCAUAACAGAUACAAUAGAUCAAAUGCCUGCUCUCCCUGUUUUACUAUACUGGACAAUGUGGAACGUACUCAGCAUACCCAUCCGUUGGAGGUUUAAAGGGAUAGUUGGCUUUUUAAAAGUAUUAGGUCAUUGUCGACUUACCUAAGGCAGGAUUUCCCAAACUCGGUCCUGGGCCCCACUCCCCUUGGUGCAAGUUUUGGUUUUUGCCCUAGCAAUACAAUUAACCAACUCACCUUCAAGCUUUGAUCAUUUGAAUCAGCUGUGUAGUGUUAGGGCAAAAAACAAAGCGUGUACCCAGGGGUGGCCCCAGGACCGAGUUUGGGAAACCCUGACCUAAGGCGUUGUCGUUUUUAAGUUUGUUAGCUUGUUAUUUACCAACAUCCAGAAUGGCUAGCAUGUAGCAAUGCUAGUGUAAACAGGUUGUAUCAGUUAGCAUUGCUUUCAAAAGCAUGAGCAAAGCAGGGGAGUUGACCAGUGGUGGUCCUGUCUGCAAAUGAAAGAGCUCUUUUACCAUGCAUUUGAAUGAAAGUUUCCUUAUUAUGUGGUUAACUCUGCACUUCAUUCGUCUUGGUUAGUAUUAAUGAAAAGUAGACUACGUGCCGCCCAUUUUGGUGGCACAAGUGGCACUAGCACCAACCGUAAAUGCUGCCAUGCUAAUUUUCCAAAUGUCAUAUUCAACUAAGUCUGUAAGGCAGCAGUAAUGUGUGAGGGUUGACAAUGAGCAGAGUCAAGACUCUUGGCGUAGUCAAGAGACUGUUGGAUUGCAAACCCGUUCUGAAAGAAAUGCAGGGGCAAGUAUUUUAAGUGAUGUGAUGUAGCGACACAGAAUUUUUUUCAUGGUAACGACACAGCUUUUUUUCUCAUGGUAGCAACACGGCUUUUUUUUCUCAUGGUAGCGACACGGCUUUUUUUUCAUGGUAGCAACACAGCUUUUUUUCAUGAUAGCGACACGGCUUUUUUUUCUCAUGGUAGCGACACUGCUUUUUUUUCUCAUGGCAGCGACACUGCUUUUUUUUCUCAUGGCAGCGACACUGCUUUUUUUUCUCAUGGCAGCGACACUGCUUUUUUUUCACAUGGUAGCGACACUGCUUUUUUUUCACAUGGUAGCGACACGGCUUUUUUUUCACAUGGUAGCGACACGGCUUUUUUUUCUCAUGGUAGCGACACUGCUUUUUUUUCACAUGGUAGCGACACGGCUUUUUUUUCUCAUGGUAGCGACACGGCUUUUUUUUCACAUGGUAGCGACACUGCUUUUUUUUCUCAUGGUAGCGACACUGCUUUUUUUCUCAUGGUAGCGACACGGCUUUUUUUCUCAUGAUAGCGACACGGCUUUUUUUCAUGAUAGCGACACGGCUUUUUUUUCAUGAUAGCGACACUGCUUUUUUUUCAUGGUAGCGACACGGCUUUUUUUUCUCAUGGUAGCGACACGGCUUUUUUUUCUCAUGGUAGCGACACUGCUUUUUUUCUCAUGGCAGCGACACUGCUUUUUUUUCUCAUGGCAGCGACACUGCUUUUUUUCACAUGGUAACGACACGGCUUUUUUUUCACAUGGUAGCGACACGGCUUUUUUUUCUCAUGGUAGCGACACUGCUUUUUUUUCACAUGGUAGCGACACUGCUUUUUUUUCACAUGGUAGCGACACAGCUUUUUUUUCUCAUGGUAGCGACACUGCUUUUUUUUCACAUGGUAGCGACACGGCUUUUUUUUUUCACAUGGUAGCGACACGGCUUUUUUUUUCUCAUGGUAGCGACACGGCUUUUUUUUCUCAUGGUAGCGACACUGCUUUUUUUUCAUGGUAGCGACACGGCUUUUUUAAACUAUUUAUACUGUGUCAUAGCUUCAGGCUCAUCUGUGUACAAGGGAACUUCGUGCAGCUAGAUACCCAUGUGGAGUCUGCAUGCUUAAUAGGGACUUGUGAAAAUCUUGUCAGACAAAAUGGACUCCUAAAUUACAAAUAUUUAUUGAACUCUUGACUUUAUCCCUUAUCCUUCACGGGGUUGUGUGCAAUUAUAACUAAAGCAUUGAAUGUACUGUACCUGAACUUCUAAAUACCAUAUUGAAGCACUAAAAUUGUAGUGGGAGUUGUCGAUUUUGCACUUUGUAUUUUUUUUAAAUAGCUUCUGCAUGUUUGUGUGUAUGCAAGAUGUUACCAAAUCUAGUCCGGGAGAGCUUUAAGGUGUGCAGUAGUGAAACACGGGAUUCAAUUUAUCAUGGUGUUGAUGCAUAUUGAGGUCUUGGUGACCACAGAUGUAUGCUGUUUAUUCAAGUAUCUGCUGAUCUUUACAGUAUCUUAAAUGUUUACUGUCAUAGGAAAUAUACAAAUUUAGUACAGAAAGCAUGCAGAGCACUUUUCUUUUAGAUGAUAUAUUACAAGUAUUAUUAGCUUCUAUUCGGUUGAGACAAGUGGCAAGUUUGCAGUAUGUGUAUGUAUUGCAUCAAGGUUGUGUAAAUAUUAAACAUGUUUUAUCAUGACA